AUAAAAUAGACGGUUCCAGUUAAGCCCAAGCCCUCUCUCUCUCUCUCUCUCAGGACUCAGGAGUGGCUCCUUCUCUCUCAUGCUCUUGCUUUUGUCAGCGAGAAGCUCACAGAAAACUGGAAUUUAAUGCAACGGGAAGACAACCUCUUCCCCUCUCUCCCUCCCUCCCUCUCUCUCUCUCUCCCCGUUAAUAGCAGUCACCUCAGAUGCAAUUGUUCAGUUCAGUGCAGUGGAUCGGUUAUCAAGGAUUUCUGAGCAAUGCAUUUGUGUUUUAACUAUGGAGCCGAAACUCAGACUUUCUUGUAGAUUACUUGUUGAGGUCUCUGUACCUAUCCCAACUCUCAAGCUUCUGAACGUGUCUCGAUCCUGUUAUUUAAAGUGAAGAGAAGAAUCAGGGACUGGACUAGCUCGGCGCAACCGCAGAAACAGAGAUUCUUUCUCCAGAACAAAGAAACCCAGAAUAACAGAAGCCGAAGAAAGCGUAAGAGCUGAGAAGAUGGUGGUUCCAGAGUCGGAAGCUCGCGGUCGUGUAGAGGUGGAAAUAACGACAGCAAAGCCACCCGAGGAGGUACCAAAGACGCACUCGUUGUCAUCGCUUGGAAGACAGUCUUCCAUCUACUCUCUUACUCUGGACGAGUUCCAGCACACAUUAUGCGAGAACGGGAAGAGCUUCGGAUCAAUGAACAUGGACGAAUUCCUCAACAACAUCUGGACUGCGGAAGAGAACCAGGCUAUUGGCUGCAACAAUGAGAGGUUGCAGUCCAACCCAGACGAAGCCGCAGCUAACAGGGCCAACUCCGGACAACCCAGCGUACUCCGACAAGGUUCAAUCACCCUCCCUGCUCCACUAUGCCACAAAACUGUCGACGAAGUCUGGGCCGAAAUCCACAAACACCAAGAGCGGCAACAACAGGAGCAGCAACCAAACAACGGAGGUAAUCCCGGAACUACACAGCGCCAACUCACAUUCGGAGAGAUGACUCUCGAGGAUUUCUUAAUAAGAGCUGGGAUUGUUCGGGAGGCUUGUGGGCCCUCAUCUAAGCACCAGCUUCAGACUCCGGCGACUGUUCCACCUACUGGGACGGCGACACAGCAGUAUGGGUUAUACCAGAAUAAUAACGCGGGCGUGGACCCCAACUUCGGAAUGGGACCCUUAUUGGGUCUUGGAUUCUCCGAGCAACGGAGUACUGGAAACGGCGUGGCAAACGGUGUCCUGUCGUACCAAACAUUCCCGCAAAGCGGUACGGUUUUGGGAGAGCCAUCGAAUUAUGCACCAAAUGGAAAGAGGAACGGUGGUUUUCCAGCGACGGUUUGUUUUGGCGGUAGAACAGGAAAUGGAGCUGGAUAUGUAGCAGCAGCAGCGGCAGCGAAUACGUUGGGGCCACCGGUGUGUCCAGUUACGUCUGAAGGGAUGUGCACGAGUCAAGUGGAUAACGCAACGGCGAAUCAGUAUGGAGUGGAUAUAAGUGGGAUAAGGGGGAGAAAGAGGUUAAUAGACAGUCCAGUAGAGAAGGUAGUGGAGAGGAGGCAACGCAGGAUGAUCAAGAACAGGGAGUCGGCGGCCAGGUCUCGAGCCAGGAAACAGGCCUAUACGGUGGAGCUGGAAGCAGAAUUGAAUCAUCUCAAAGAGGAGAAUGGUCGCCUCAAAGAAGCUUUGGCAGCUUCUGAGAAGAAAAGGAGAGAGGAGCUGGAAGAAAAGAUGAAGACGAAGCCUCCAACAAAGGCGCAGAAAACUGCAGAGAAGCUUAAGUCGAUGAAGAGGACCGUGAGCUGCCCCACUGGACAAAUCUCGUAAGAUGAUGAAAGAGUGCAAUAUACAAGUUCAGCUUGUGAUGAAAUGAUAUGUAUUACAGUAAGAGAUGAGCUUCUGUGGCACACAAGAUGAUAUUAUCGACAUUUGAUAGGAAGCUAGAUGAAUGCAUCCUCUUGUCUCGCACAUAGCUUCAACUUUUGAGCUUUGGCUCUGGAGAUGGAGAUUGCUGAUAGACCAGUAGAUGGUACAGUGCUUAAGAUCAGUAGCUCUUGAAUAUGUAAUUAGUAAUCCACACAAUCAAGUAUUCACUUUGUCUUAAUCUUAUUAUUGUUUAUAUAAAAUCAUGGAUGGGUAUAAAAUCAUAUAUAUGGGUCUACUGAAACUCUGAAUGUUUUCAUUCAU